AUUAUUAUUAUGAUAAAAUAUAUUUUUAUAUUAGUAAUAUUGAUACCUUUAAGUUAUUUAAAUAUAUUUUGGUUGAUUCAAUUUAUAAUAUUUAUUAUUAGUUUUUUCUUAAUGCUUGGAUUUAGAAUACAGAAUUAUAUAAUUAAUAUUAGAUAUAUAUUAGGUAUAGAUAUUAUAUCUUUUUGUCUUAGACUAUUAAGUAUUUGAAUUGGUUCUUUAAUAAUUAUAGCUUCUGAAAAUUUAUAUAGAAAAAAUAAAUAUAGGGAUCUUUUUUUAUUUUUAAUUUGUUUAUUAAUAAUUUUUUUAUUAUUAUCAUUUAUAUCAAUAGAUUUAUUUAUAUUUUAUUUAUUUUUUGAAGCUAGAUUAAUUCCAAUUUUAAUUUUAAUUAUUGGAUGGGGCAGACAACCAGAACGUUUAGAUGCUGGAUUUUAUUUGUUAAUGUAUACAUUAUUUGGAUCAUUCCCAUUAUUAUUAGGUAUUUUUUUUAUUUUUUAUAUGUAUGGAAGUUUAUCUUUUUUUAGUUUAGAAAUUUCUUUUAGAUUAAUUUUAUAUUUAAGUAUAGUUUUAGUAUUUUUAAUUAAAAUACCGAUAUAUUUUUUUCAUUUAUGGUUAUUAAAGGCUCAUGUAGAGGCCCCAAUUUCUGGGUCAAUAGUAUUAGCUGGUGUUUUACUAAAAUUAGGAGGGUAUGGGCUUAUUCGAGUAAUAAUCAUAUUUUUAGAUUUUAAAUUUAUAAAUUUAUUAAUUAUAAAUAUUUCAUUGUUUGGAGCUGUAGUUAUCUCUAUAAUUUGUUUACGCCAAAGAGAUAUAAAAUUAUUAAUUGCUUAUUCUUCUGUCUCUCAUAUGGGUUUAGUUUUAGCUGGAAUUAUAAGGUUAAGUUAUAUAGGUAUAAUUGGGGCUUUAAUUAUAAUAAUUGCUCAUGGUUUAUGUUCUUCUGGUUUAUUUAGUAUUGCAAAUAUAAUAUAUGAACGAACAAUAAGACGAAGAAUUUAUUUAAGAAAAGGAUUUUUAAAUAUUAUACCUUCUUUAAGCUUAUGAAUAUUUUUAUUAUGUUCUUCAAAUAUAGCAGCUCCUCCUUCAAUAAAUUUAUUAGGUGAGAUUUUUUUAAUUAAUAGUUUAGUUAGAUUUAGAAAUUUGAAUAUAUUAUUAUUAUUUUUAACUACAUUUUUUAGAGGAGCUUAUUCAUUAUAUUUAUAUUCUUUUUCUCAGCAUGGAAAAUUUAGUUCUUAUAUUUUUAGAUUUAUAAAUAUAAAUAUUCGUGAACAUUUUUUAUUAUUAUUACAUUGAAUACCUUUAAAUAUAUUGUUAUUAAUUAGAAAUUUAUUAAUUUAUAAUUUUUAA